CAAUUAAGAAAUAAUUCGCUGGAAUAACUUUAUUUAUUUAUUAUUUUUUAACGACAACUUCGAGUCUCCACCAGCCUGACCGGCUACCCCUGGCCCAGAACCCAACCGAACUUUACCCACCCGUUCAACCACCGGACGAAUUCUCUGUUACGUCUCUUCAACGUCACAUUUUCCCUCCUAAUAAUCUAGGGCUUUUCACCUGCUUGAUGGAACCAUCCUCUCCAAUUUCUCCCGGCGCUCCACGGCCUAAUCUUGACGAUAUGGAAAUUCACCUGCCGGUGCCCGAAGAUCCUUCAUCUUCAGCUAUCUGGGACUGGGGAGAUCUCCUGGACUUUACCAUAGAUGAUCAUUUCCCAAUAUCGUUCGAUGACGCCGACAUUCUAACUGAUGUAGUUUCGCAAGUUGAUCCUAUCGAGGAAACUCCAGUUCCGGAUCGGGUCAGGAAGCGCGACCCGAGGUCGACCUGCUCCAAUUUUCUGGCAGGAAGGGUCCCGUGCGCGUGCCCGGAGCUGGACGAGAAGUUAGAGGAAGAGGAGGAUGUGCCUGGGAGAAAGCGGGUUCGUACCUCUAGGUCCAGCACAGGUGUUGCUCGGUGUCAGGUGCCUGGUUGCGAGGUUGAUAUAAGCGAGCUUAAAGGUUAUCAUAAAAGGCACAGGAUUUGUUUGUGCUGCGCGAAUGCUAGUGCUGUUGUACUUGAUGGAGAGAACAAGAGAUACUGUCAACAGUGUGGCAAGUUUCACUUGCUGUCCGAUUUUGACGAAGGCAAACGGAGCUGUAGAAGGAAAUUAGAGCGUCACAACCGUCGACGGCGAAGGAAGCCCCGUGAUUCCACGGAAGUAGUAGACAAGGAUCCUCAAGGGGAGUUGCUUAGUGAAGAUGCUGCUCGUGACGGUGCAACUGAAAAAGAUCAUCAAAUAGUUGAGAAAGAAACAUUGGUUGAAUCUGAAGAUGGGAAAGUUUCCAGCCCUCAAUCGGCUCCAAGUUCCCAAAAUCUCAAUACCGAUAGUGGUGCAUCUGUCGGAACCCCAAAGGAUGGCGGGAAAGACGAUUCUAAAUUUGCGUAUUCUCCUUUCAAUCGUGAGAAUAAGAGUUUUUACUCAUCCGCGUGCCCAACUGGUCGGAUCUCAUUCAAGCUUUACGAUUGGAAUCCAGCAGAAUUCCCUAGGAGACUUCGACUCCAAAUAUUUGAAUGGCUGGCCAGUAUGCCGGUUGAGUUGGAAGGAUAUGUUCGCCCUGGUUGUACUAUUUUGACUGCAUUUCUUUCAAUGCCAUCAUUUAUGUGGGAAAAGUUAUUUCAAGACCCUUUGUCAUAUGUGCACGAUUUUGUCAUUGUUCCUGGAACAUUGCUGUCCAAGAGGAGUCCAAUGCUAAUUUAUCUGAAUGACAUGAUCUUCCAUGUUUUGAAAGAUGGAAAUUCACUGCUGAAAGCAAACAUGGAAGUCCAGGCCCCAAGACUUCACUAUGUUCAUCCAACAUGCUUUGAGGCUGGGAAGCCCAUAGAAUUUGUUGCCUGUGGAAGUAAUCUGUUGCAACCCAAAUUCAGGCUUCUGGUGUCAUUUGCUGGGAAAUACCUUGCUUAUGAUCACUGUGUAGCAUUACCACAUGGUCAUACUGAAGAAUGUUCCAGACUUGACCAUCAGUUGUGCAAGAUAUUCAUUCCUAAUGUUGAACCAAAUCUCUUUGGUCCUGCAUUUAUUGAGGUUGAAAAUGAGAGUGGCUUAUCAAACUUCGUUCCUGUGCUUAUUGGGGAUAGAGAAAUUUGUUCUGAAAUGAAAAUAAUUCAGCACAGGUUAGGUUUAUCUCUUCUUGGUUCACAGUGUGAGGUUGCUGUGCAUAGACAAAGGGCUUUUUCAGAAUUAGUUGUGGAUAUAGCAUGGGUAUUAAAGAAGCCUUCAUCAGAAAGCUUUCAUCAAAGCAUGAGCUCCUCACAGAUUCAAAGACUCAAUUCUUUAUUGAGUCUUUUGAUACACCAUGAAUCAACUGCUAUUCUGGAUAAAAUUUUAAAAAAUCUGAAAAGCAUAUUGGAGGAAAUGGAGAAGGACAGGGUAGCUUAUGACAUGAAUGAUUCUGAAAUGAGUCUAUUGCAAAAAUAUAUGGAUAGCGCAAGUGAUAUUUGUCAUCAAAAGGUUAAGAAGAGAGAUGGUUUAGCCAUUCAAUGGGAAUGUGCUGUAGAUGAAAGCGAGUUUAGAUGUUCUGAAAUUGACAUGCCAUCAGUUGCCCCUUUCAUGAAUGAGGAUCUGGAGAAAAGCUCAAACUCAAAUAGGAAGACGGGAGAAAUGUUGAACUCGUCUGCUGUUGACAGGGUUCCACUUUUGAGUGAGGAGCUUGUUAUGAAUGUAAACCUCCGGAAAGAAUGUCCAACCAGGUCUUGUAGUCUCAGUUUUUCCAACAGAGUCCUGAAGUCGCGCCCCACGGUAUUUUUAAUAGCAACAUUUGCUCUUUGUUUGGGAGUCUGUGCUAUCCUCCUCCAUCCUAACCAGGACCUGAGGCUGAAGUUCAUUUGUGAGAGCUACUCUACCCUCGUGUCUUUCAGGAGAAAAUACAUGAAACAUGUCGAGUUGAUUCAAGAUCCAAAAAUAAUGGAAAAGUCAAAAUUGCCCUUAUUUAAAAUGGAUGUCUUCCCUGAACAUCUCAUCCUCCACAUCCUUCCUUUCCUGCCCACCAUAGACACUAUCACAACCAGCUUAGUCUCCAAGAAAUGGUACCCUCUCUGGUUUUUAGUUCCCUCCCUAAACUUUUCCUUCACCCAUUUUCCUCCCUACAGUACCCCCUCCACCACCCGUCAAUUCUGUGCUGAAUUCGUAGGCCACAUCGUCUGCCGCUCUCACUCCCUCUCAUCAAAUUCCACCUUGAUUUCAUCUUUGAAGAUCGCUACGCUUUCCAUGUGGAUUCCUGGAUUCAUUAUACAAUCAAGAAUCAAGCGCAAGAACGAUCUUAAUUUCUUCGUCAAGGAGAGUUUUUAUGUCGACGAACCCCAUUUGAGGGAUACUUAUGAUUUUCCCUUUUCCGUUCUUAGAAAUGAAAAAGUUAGAGACUUGAAGCUGACUCGAUGUGAUUUGGCAUUGCCGACUAAUUUGCGUCUUUUGCUGAUGAAAUCAAUUUACCUUGAUGAAAUUUAUUUGACGAAUCAGAUGGCUUUGAUUUUGAUUAGUGGGUGUCCCAAUCUUGAGGUUUUGGGGCUUGGAAACUGUACAUGGAUACUUUGAAGGUAUUUUCUGAGAAAUUGAAGAAGCUGGAACAAGAUUAUGAGGAUGCUUGAUAAAUUGGCAAAGUAGAAGAAGCGACGUUGUAUUUGGCUUAACCAUUGUUAGAAACACACUCUCUUAGUUGCUUGCUCAUUAGCUUCUGGGUAAAGAGUUGUUUGUAUUUAUACUCAUCUGGUGCUCCAAGGACAGCGUGAAAUGGCAUCAGACAAUAAACUUUUAAGAAAAAAAUGAACUCGAGUUGAGAUUCGAUAUUGAUGCUAAAGGUAGUCAUUGUUUUGCCGAGAACAAGUCCACUGGAAAAGAACAACAAUCACAAUCUGAUCAUCUAGUAAAAAACUGAGAGUAAGCAAUGGGAAAGAGAGACACGAGGAGAGGAAGAGUGGAAAAAUGAUAAAAAGGACAUUUUGGACAUUAAUAUUUGCUAUUUUACAGUAUAUUAUAGGUGGGUUUGGACCGUUAGUGGCCCAUUUGUGGAACUCUCCUCGUAGAAAGUGCUAACGGAAUUAAUUUAUUUUGUGUAAAAGUAUUACACCCAUCAUUUUGCACAAAUUAAAUUAGGCUAAUUUUUUUUAUUUA